ACAGAAACAGUAUCAAUUUAUGUUUUGAAGCGUAAACACUGAAGUACUUGGUAGAAUUGUUCAAAUUAGAUCGUGAAUUACGCAUAUAGUACUAAACAUUUUGUAAAACCCACAUUCAUCAUAAGCAUGAAUCUCGACGAGUGCUUCGAACAUGUUUUGGCACUGGUUGAAAGUGCCGGGCAAGUGAUUGCCGCCAGAAACUCCCAGCGGAAAACGGUGGUGCAAAAAUCAAGCAACAUCGAUUUAUUGACGGAAACCGACCAGCAAGUGGAGCGCAUGUUGAUGGACGGUAUCUCCUCCAAAUACCCUGAUCAUAGGUUUAUUGGGGAGGAAGAGACAAGCGAGGGCAAGAAAGCCGAGCUAACCGAAGCCCCAACCUGGAUCAUAGAUCCCGUGGACGGCACGAUGAACUUUGUGCACAGUUUCCCCCAUUCUUGCAUUUCCAUCGCGUUGCUUGUCGACCGUGUGGCCGAGAUUGCCAUAAUUUAUAAUCCCAUCCUUAACCAGAAGUUUACGGCACGCCGUGGUAAGGGUGCGUUUUUGAACGGAAACCGGAUUAGCGUGUCGGGAGAAACGUCCCUCGAGGGUGCCCUUGUUACGACGGAGUUCGGAACGAGCCGGGACGAAGAAAAAACUAAGGUCGUGUUGGAAAACAUCGGCAAAUUGGUGCGAAAAGUUCAUGGAAUGCGUAGCCUCGGUUCAGCCGCUCUCAACAUGGCCAUGGUGGCGCUAGGUGGAGCCGAUUUCAAUUACGAAUUUGGAAUUCACGCCUGGGACAUUGCGGCUGGCGACUUGCUGGUCCGUGAGGCAGGUGGAGUGUGCCUCGAUCCGGCCGGUGGUCCGUUGGAUUUAAUGUCCCGUCGGGUGCUGUGUGCUAGUUCGCAAGCACUAGCCGACCAGGUGGUCCUCGAGCUGACGCAGUUCUAUCCAGAACCAAGGGAUUAAAACAUAACUAAGGCUAUCGGAGAACGCUGUUUGAAUCGUCGAUGGAGCAGACGGUUUAAUGUACUUACCCCAUAUAUGUACCCCUGACAAAUUAUUGGCUCUAAAGUCCAAGAGUUUGUCAAAAACUAUAUACCGAAAGUAAUAAACGUUGUUGAAUGUUGUGUUAUUAUCAUAAA